AUGUCUGGGGUGUUCCGGUAUCUGAGACAAGCUCUUGGAUUCUCGAGAUCCCCGGACAAGAUCCCCAGCGUCCUCCAGAAUGCCAUCGUCCGAGAUUUGACGCGGUUUGCGGAGGGCGACAGAGUGCUUGUCGAUGGAUCGAAACUCACUUUUCCUCUGCAGCAAAACGCGAAAUUCGAAUUGUCGAAAGGGCAGAUACCAUUGAACGACAUUAUUGGCAAGCCAGUCACCUCGACGUACGUUCGAUCUUCCAGGGGCGCUCUGCACAAGGUCGAACUUCCCUCGCUCGAGGACUAUGUCACGCUCACGCCCAGGCUCGUGACGCCCGUCUACUCCAGCUAUGCAUCGUCGAUCGUCUCCCUGUUAGACAUCCACCCUGAGCCGCACACCGCAAUCUCAAACAGUGGCGUCCCAUUGUCCCGCCUUCAGAUCCUGGAAGCAGGAACAGGCCAUGGCAGCCUCACUCUACAUCUGGCUCGAGCAAUAGCCGCGGCGAACCCGCCUCCUCCGACUAACCAGCUCCCUGGCCUACGCAGACUGGCGGAGAAGAAGCCCACACACUCAUCGCCUCAAACUGAAGACGGUUCGCCGGAGGCUGAAUCCCUCACGCGGAUGUGGGACGAAUGGAAGCAAAAGCGUCGCGCGGUCAUACACACGGUGGAAGCGGUUCCGGCGAACAGCCUCCACGCGGAAAAGAUUGUGCGCGGGUUCCGGAGGGGUCUAUACUGGCCACACGUGGAUUUCUACACAGGAGACGUGAAGGAGUGGAUGACAGCACGUCACCGGAGCAGAAACAACGAAUUCCUCGACUACGUCCUCCUCGAUAUGCCUGGCGUACACUCUCAAAUCCAGCACGUCGAGCCCGCGAUGCACGACGGGGCAAAGCUAGUCGUGUUUGUGCCCUCGAUCACGCAAAUUGCGGAUUGCGUGAAGGCUGUUCAAGAGCUGUCCCUGCCACUACACAUGGAUAAGGUGUUGGAACUGGGCGAGGGUAUCAGUUCAGGGCGGAAGUGGGACGUGAGGUUUGUGAAGCCGAGGAAGAGCUCCCUUUCCACCGCUACCACCAAUAGAGAGACCAAACAGACCAGUGACGAGCAGGUGCCCGUCGUGGCUUCGAGGCCGGAGAGCGAGACUGGACCACCGGACGGUGCAAAUCAUAAGGAGGUUGAAGACGAAGAGCCGCCCGAGAGCGACAUCUCCUCAACCACGCAAGACGGUCAACCCGUCAUGGUCUGUCGCCCGCUCGUGGGCGAGCGCACCUUUGGAGGCGGCUUCAUCGCGCUGUUCAGGAAGACGUCGCCGGCCUCCGCCGCACUGGCUGCAGAAUGGCGCCAGGGUCAGACGGGGAGGGCGAAGAGGCGAAAUCGCUAG